AUGAAAAAGAGGGUGUGUCGGCAUCACUGCAAAUGUUGUGGUAUAAAUUUUGAAACUUCUGAAAGAUUCUCAAUUCAUUUGGCGUCAAGAGCACAUUUCAUGCAAGGACUACAAACACCGGCUGAUGACAUCCAACUGGUAUCAGACAACAACAUCACACUCUUUGUAGACGCAGAGGGAUUUCAGGAUAGAUCGUUGGUCCCGGACACAACAGAACAGAAUCUUGUUGGUCUUGAAUCACCGUCAGAUGAGGAAAACCCCAUGGAUAUGGAUGGAUUUUCAGACACUUCCGAUGCCGAAGUUGAUGGCAAAAUAAGUUUGACAACAUGCAGAAAUCAGGAACAUGCAUACUUUCCUUUUCCCGCAGAGAUUUUUUUCCUACUUUAUAGUUAUGCACAUAAUAUUUCAAGACCCAAGGUAAUUAUAUACUACACAAUUUUAUUUAAAAUUAUUUAUUACUCGAGAAAACAAAAAAACUGUAUUUCACGUUUAUCAGCUUGUUGCAAUCUGUUUACUGAACAACGUCUGAACAAUACUGUUAUCAAGAUUGAACAAAAUUGUUUAAAAUGACAGUUACAUUGAAUACCAAAACGCAGUAUAAUUUCCUUUUUUCCGCAUUUCUACGAAUAUAAUAAGCGGCUAAUAUUUAUUUUCACCCAAGUUUUUUAAGUUUGAUUUAUUAUUUCAUGUGCAAAAUUUAUUUGGGCCAGCUGGAAUACCAUGUACACUUGACUCGCAUUUAAAAUUCCUCUUAAAUAUAUGUUAUUAAUCCAACGAGUGCUCUGUACAGAAGGAUACUGCAAGGUAUCAUUCUUUUUUGCCUUGUUUAUGGACCGAGCCAUCGGCGAGUAAAAAAAAUAGACCGUGCAGCUGCUCCUGUAUGGACCACUCAUUCAGUCAAUAAGCUAUUUAUUAUAUGACUGAAGUAAAAACAAAAAUUCAAAUUGUAUCCAGGAAUUAUAUUAACGUAACAGAACUUUGUCAAUAAAGCCAGUAGAUGGUUAAUUAAUUUAAGAACAGUGAAUGACUUGUUCUUUACAAUGUUAUUGGUUAACAAAAAAAGAACAAAUGUUCAAGCAUGUUUUCAAUUUAUUCACCUUUGCUGACAACUCGGGAACCAAUCAGAUCAAUGCUCUAUUCUAGCAACAACUGAAAACUCAUCAGACCUUCUUGUUUAACUUUUAUCGCAUUGGGCUUUUGGUGCCCUCUCCAACCUCCAGCCUUCUGCCCCAUAUUUUUUUGAAUAUAAACAGGAUUUAAUAUUUUGUAUUUAAUAUUAAUACAUAAAUUUUUCUUAUCCGCCGUGCAAAAUGUAACUUUUAAUAUAGACAUGUACAGACCUGGAGUUCCUCUGGAUGAUAUCUGAGAAAAUCGGCGUGGAUGUGCCUUCUCUGAAUUCAAUACUGAAUUUUACAAUUGAAGGAGUAGACAAGAUGUUACAGCCUCAAAAGGUAUUCUAUGACAAACUCUUAGGCUACGUGCACACGGUUUUGUUUUUGAGCGUUUUUGAAUGUAUUUUUUAAUAUCACUUUAUCGUCUUGAUACCAUCUUUCCACAUAAUAUCAAAUGUAGAUGAAUGGCAGCAAAAUAUCAAUUUGCUGCCAUUCAUCCCGACAAUGGAUCUUAUAUGCAUAAUGAUGUCACAGGGGUGAUACGUGCUGGGGCAGGGAACUUUGCUUGUUUUUAAAAGUUUCCUGUUGUGACUACCAAUAACAGAAUUUCCUGCACACAUCACUCCUUGUGACGUCAUUAUGCAUAAUGUAUAUUGACGUUGUCUUCAUUAUUUUUUUAGUGAAAACACAAAUUAUCUUUAGGUAAAAAUGAAUCUUGAAAUCUGAAAAUGAAUAUUGAACUAUGUUAGGACUAGUAUAAUGGCAACCCGUACUACAGGCUCCGACCAUCCGAUUUUGUUCGCCUCCAGUUGGCUAUACCAGAAAAAGUGAAAUCUCUUGCUCGCUAUCCAGAAGAGACAGACGAUUAUGUUUAUGAAAUGAAUCAGGUUAGAAUAAAAGUUGCUGUGUUUGAUUCUGUCUAAGUUAUUAUUAUAUGACGGAAUUUUUACUGCAACUUGCGUUACAAGUUGUAUAAAGAGUUGUAUUUACGACGACGACCCCUUUAAUAAAUAAGUUUUGUUUAAAUGUACUUAUUGUUUUUGAAAUAGGGAAUAAAGUGGUUGAAUGAUAAAGAAUUUCAAACUUCUUCUAUUACUCUUGAAGGAAAACAUUACUACAUCAAUGACAUUGUACAGUUCUCUCACAAUGGAGACCUUUUCAUGGAAAGUUGA